AUGAAUGCAGAUUUAGCAGAUUCUGUUAUUGAUAUUAAUCUUGAUGAGCUGGAUGGUAUUUUAACAUUUGAAGACAGUGACAACGAUUUAACAGAUGAUAUCAAUAUCAAUGAUUUGAAUGAUGGUAUGGAUGCUAUUUCUCUACAUGUUGAUCUAGGAAGAGAUGACAGAGGUAGUGAAUAUCAUGGUAUGGAUGCUAUUUCUCUAUAUGAUGAAUUUCUUGAUAAAGAAGAUGAGAUUUGGGUAGAAAAUGAAGCUCAAGAGAGUGUGUUUAAUGCAAUGGAAAAUAUUCACUCUAGUGAUAGUGAUGAGGAAAGAAGGACAAUGUGGCAUGUGUUCAAUGCUGAGAGAGAUAUGAAGAACCCAAAGUUCCAUCAUGGGAUGUUAUUUACAAACAAGGAAGUGUUGAAGCAGGCUAUUAAACAAUAUGGCAUUGUAAACAAGUAUAAUGUUAAAGUUGUGAGGGAUGAAAAAGAUAGGAUUAAUGCUAAAUGUUUGAACUGUGAAGGGUGGAUGAUUAGAGCAUCUAUUAACAAAAAAGAGAAUGCAUUACAGAUAAAGAAGUUGAAAGACAAUCACAGAUGUGCUGCAGAGAUUCCUCAGAAAUAUAUCACAUAUAAAUGGUUGAGUGAAACUUACAAAGAACACCUACGAGCAGAUCCUAAUUUUUCUUCUAAAUCUAUGGCCCAUCAGCUGGAGGUGGACUUUAAAGCAAAAACAGGUAGAUUAAAGCUUUGGAGAGCAAAAAAGCAUGCUUUAGAGAAACUUAGAAGAUCAGAGGCUGAGCAGUAUGGCAAACUAAGGGAUUAUGCAGAGGAGUUAAAAAAAACUAACCCUAACAGUAGUGUCUUUAUAGGGUCUGAUCACCUUAUUUUUCAAAACAUGUAUGUAUGUAUUGAUGCUUGUAAAAGAGGUUUCUUAGCUGGUUGUAGGCCUUUAGUAGGACUAGAUGGUUGUUUUCUGAAAGGUAGAUACAAGGCGCAACUCCUUGUAGCUGUAGGAAUUGAUCCAAAUGACUGCAUAUUCCCCAUUGCAUAUGGGGUUGUGGAUGUUGAAAGCAGAGAAUCAUGGACUUGGUUUGUGAGGAACUUGUCCAUUGAUUUGAAUAUUGAAAAUUCAGGCUCUUGGACAUUUAUGAGUGAUAAAGAAAAGGGAUUAAUUGCUGCUUUAGAUGAACUUAUGCCACAUGCAGAAAAGAGAUACUGUGUUAGACAUCUUUGGAAGAAUUUAUGCAGGGCAACUACUAUAAAAAAUGGGUUAGAGCUGAAGGAAUUGCUUUGGAAUGCAGCAAAGGCAACAUAUCAAGCUGAAUUUUCCAGGAGGAUGGCUCUUAUAAAGAAAGAAGAUAUCAAGGCAUGGGAGUGGCUUUUUAAUAAGCCUCCUCAAAAUUGGUCUAAAUCACACUUCAGAGAUUUUUCCAAAUGUGACAUUCUCCUAAACAAUCACAGUGAGAGUUUUAACAGCUAUAUUUUAGAAGCAAGAGAUCAACCAAUUCUUACUAUGUUAGAAGAGAUAAGAAUGAAGUUAAUGAAAAGAAUGUGUAUGAAAAGGAAGGUGGCUGAAAAGUACAUUGGAUCCAUUUGUCCCAAGAUUGUCAAGAAGCUUGAGAAGUAUAAGGGAUUGUCUUCUAAUUGUUGGGCAACAGAAGCCGGUGCUAGAAAAUAUAGUGUUGCUAUCUGGGAAAAGAUAUAUGUGGUUGAUCUAGAGGCUUGGACAUGUAGUUGUCGCCAAUGGCAGCUUUCUGGGAUUCCUUGCCAGCACACCAUUCCUUGUAUUUUACAAGAAAGGAGAAAUCCAGAGGAAUUUGUACAUGGAUAUUACACUGUAGAUAGAUUCAAGGCUGCAUAUGAAUAUGUCAUAAAUCCUCUUAGAGAUAUAGAUGAUUAUGAACCUUCAGGAUAUCUCCCAGUGCAACCACCCACAGUGAAUCCUAAGAAAGGAAGAAUGCAAAAGCGCAGGAGAAAAACAAUAGAUGAGCAGAUCCGCAAGGUAGCUACAGAUGGAACAAAAAUUGUGGCCAAUACAGGACAAAUAAAGGGGAAUUGUUCUAAGUGUGGAGGCCAAGGACAUAACAAAAGGACUUGUGGCAGGCAAAUUUCUGAUGGAGGUGCUAGAGAAGAACAUAGAGAAGAAAGUGUAAGCACUCUUGAAAGAAGAAGCAAACUAACAGUGAGAAGAAGGAUUACUAGCAUUUCACAAGAGCCUCAAAACAUAACAAGUCAGCUUCCCAAUCUUGAGAAUUGA